AUGCUCCCGACCGUCGUAGCCGCCCUGUUGAUCGCCGCCAUCCAGGUCGUUCAAGUCACCGGCAAAGUGCUGGACAAACAGUUGACCAAAUUUUGCGCGCCGUGUGAUAAGCCAUGUGGGACCCAACCGGAACGGAGGUCGGCUUUCGCGAAAAUCGUUAACGGCAAAGACACUCGGGAAAACGAAUUCGGUUGGGCGGCUACGUUGGCCCGUCGCGGUCAGUUCUAUUGCGGCGGCACGCUCAUCACCAAGAAGCACGUUCUCACCGCCGCCCAUUGCGUCGAGAAUUUCAGCCCUAAAGAUCUAACCGUGACCAUCGGUGAACACGACCGGAAAGUCGACACCGGUCGCAAGUCCGUGCACCACGUGGCCCAUAUACACCGGCAUCAAGACUUCCGGCUAAGCACAUUCGACAACGACAUCGCCAUCAUAGAACUUCGUGAAGCCGCGUCCAUCAACAAUCCGUGGGUGCGCGUCGCGUGCUUACCCAAGUCCGCUGAAACGUCAUACGAAGGUAUCAAGGGCACAGUGAUCGGAUGGGGCAGAUUGGGCGAGCGCAAAAAAUCAUCCAACAUCUUGCAGAAAGUCGACGUACCGAUCAUAUCGAACGCGGACUGCAAGGAAAUGGGAUAUUCACCAGAGAAGAUCACCGGUAACAUGAUAUGCGCUGGAUAUAGGGAAGGACAACAAGACGCCUGUCAGGGUGAUAGUGGCGGACCUAUGCACAGACGUGUAGAUUCUUCUGAUAUCAUGGAAGUCAUUGGAAUCGUGUCUUGGGGCAAAGGAUGUGCCAGAGAAAACUAUCCAGGAGUGUAUACCAGAGUGGCCAAUUACCUGGACUGGAUUAUGGAUCAUACAGGAGACGAAUGCAUCUGUGGAGCCGAAAGUUCCUGA